AUGUCAGGAAGCAAAGUGUUCCUGACGUAUAAGCGAAAGCGGCAAUCAAGAACAGAUCCUGUACAGGGACAUGAGUGCCGUAAUUCACUUUUUGUUGCUCCCGAUGAUACUUCUUUACACAAACCACCAGACUUGCAAGUUCAUUUGAUUGAUAAGCGUUCAUCAGAACAUUACAACAGAAAUUCUGCAGAAAAGGGUUUCAAGGGAUUACCAGAUACCACCAGAAUGUGCCCUAUUCAACCGACCCUUGAAAGCGUAUGCCAUGUAUGGUUUGUGUGCUGUGUUGGGGGUAACCUGAAGCACUGUGGAAAAUGCCUUCAGUCCUAUAAUCUCCAAUGCCUAGAUAAGCCCCAUAAGGAAAAGAAACACAUUGAAGUAUCUGGCACAGGACAAAUACCAAUUAAAACCGUUCCGACAAGUCUUGAUGAGGUUCCUUCCCAAAGGGAUGCAUAUGAGAAUAAGCCUAGUGGCAAGAAAGUAGGCUCAUCUUCAAAUGCUAAUGCUGGAGCCUUGGUUGAUGAUAAUAAUGUUGGAGGGAGGUUAGUUUCUCAAUUGGUGAUGAAUUCCGCUAUAAUUACUGCUGAUUUUGUAAGACAAAAAUCAGCAGCAGCAGCAGCAGUAUUUGAUAGAAAAAGCAGCACUGAAUGUGAUAGUAGCUCGCCAAGAUUGAAUACAUCAAACUUAGAAGACACUGAUUCAUUCUCUAGAAAUAAGUUAGAUAAAUUAGGUGGUGAUUCAGCUUGUGUGGAACAAGUUGACCACCCCAUUGAUUACUUUCUGCCGAAGGAAUAA